AUGCCUUUCUUCAAGAAUGUCUUCCACUCCAAGGACAAGCAAAAGGGCGCCAAGACUGCCCCCGAGCCCGUCGCACCGCCAAAACCUCGCUGGGAGGAGUCAUGGACGCGCAAAGACGUCGCUCCAGACGAGAUCCAAGAGCUCAUCCACGUCUGCACACAAGAAAUGAAAACGAGGGCCCUAGACAUGCCCUUCAUGCUUCUCCCGUUCCGCCCCACCUCCGACACGAGUGCCUCGCGCAACUUCAUACGCAACUUCUUCAAAGCCGACUACGAGGGCACACGGCAAUACUCAGGCGAGGGAUUGGCACAGGAACUGCGUCUCACUGAGCCAUUGACGCUCUGCAGUAUCAUAAAAUGGUGCUGGAGCAGAUUACCCGGCGGCGUUGUCACCUGGGACGCGUAUGAGCUCUUCCGAAUCGGCGAGUCUGAUUCAAACUUCGCGCGCCACGCAUUCGAUACCUUCAUACCAAUUAGCGUCGACUCCGAAGCUCGCAAGCGCAUUAUAUUUGACUUCUUCGAUCUGUUAUCCUCUGUCGCGGCAAGAGGCAAGAGCAACGGUAUGGGUGGCAGGAAGCUCUCUCGUUUAGCGGGAUGGUGGGCAUUUGAGUUUGUCGAAGACGGCAAGGGCUUCGAUGGCGGCUAUCGUACAUGGGAGAAGGCCGCAGAUGCUGCCAGUCAUCUCUUCUUCGCCUACCUGCGAUCGCUGUCUCCAGACAUGAACGUAGUUGGUGGUAUCUCAGCUCUGCCCCGAUCCCUCCAAGCGUUACUGUCCCAGACCGAAUAUCCCCCGCAAACCCCGACACUCAUGCAAACGCGCACAACCAAGGUGGUCAUGAUUGUGGAUUCCGUUUCACCCACACCAUUCGCGUUACUGCGUCGCGCAAAGAACUUUGAAUACCGAGACGACGACAGAGCGCUGCAGCAGUUCUCCGCAUACGAAGACACCGUGAAGGCUCUGACUGAUGAGUGCCAGAGAGUACUCAAAUGCAUUGCAACUGCCAACCAGUCGACAGUGUCGACAGACCCAACAACACCAGACCCGUCAUGGUCUCGCUUCGAAGACUUUGGAUUUUCGGGGAUUAUGGACAGUUCCAGCAGUACAAACGGUACCUCAAUGGGUGGUAGCCCACGGGAAUUCUCCAGUCUUCGGUCAGGGCCUCACUCCAACAACACCGACUUGGGUCGCCCUACCACUCCUUCGUGGGCGGACUUUCUGUCCUCGGGCUUCGCUGACGAGAACAACCAAUCUCCCCCAACUACCCUGUUGAUGCCAAACCAGAAACUCCCACCUCUAGGAGAGAACCGUGUACACAGCUCUCAGUCGCAUGUACGAAACGGUCUCAACGAAGAUGACCUUGAGCCCGGCGAGCUGGCAAGCAUAACCAAGUUCGAACUCGACGAGACCUUCUGGUGGGUAUGGAUGAUCAGUUUGGCUUCCGAAGAGACUACCGACCGCAAAGCCGCUUUCGGAAGAUGUACAUUGAUUGAGACUCGCAUCCAAGGUGCAAAGUGGCUGGUCAUGGAAGAGCAGGUCAAGGGCGCAUCUCCUGGGCCUGAGGAAGGCGCUUACAUCGCAGAGAAGAAGUCCAAGUUUAGCUUCACAAAGCGUGGGCGACUUGGCCGCCGGAAAUCGACAGGCAAGAAGCCAACCCCGAAAGAACCAUACAACCGGACAACUACCAACACGCCGAUGAGCAAGACCAGUAUUGGUCCAGACCAGCAUGCGAGAAUUCAGGCUGCGGCCGCAAAACUAGCCAAGAACGAGCGGGACGAGAAGGACGCAAAGGAAUUCGCGCAACGCCGAGGACGUAACGACGAUACCACAUCAGUCAAAACAAACAGCGUGCUUACAUUACAACCGCAUCUGGUGAACGAGGCCGGUCCGGCCAUGCAGUGGGAUAAGAAGUUUGGCGAAGCAGCACUCGACAAGGACGCACUCCGCGCCCAGUACUUGGGAGAUGUCAGGGCCGGCAGAGGCUCAAAGAGCAAUCUCAUAACAUCUGCCAAUGGUCGCUCGUCGCCGCUGCCUCCCGAGGUGUCAAACCGAGAUCUUCCUGCGCUACCAAAGUCCGAGAGAGGCGAGUCACGCUCACCAGCUCGCAUUGACACCAAGCCGACGGAAGCUUCUGUGACUCCAGUACCGUGGCCAAAUGACUCACCCACUCAGACCCCGCUUCCUCAGCAGCAGUCGUUCCCUGUUCCAGUUACACAAGAACAGCCCACGCUAAUAGAGGAGACGCCCUUCGCAACGCCGCUGCCCAUCCCGGAUGAGAAGUCUGUCCAGUCAGGUACGACUCCGAACCAGCAUCCUGCGUUGAGAAAGGCAGUACCAGAACGCAAGCCAGUUAUGGCUCCUCAGCCCCAAACCCGCGUCAGUGAGGAUCAUGGUGCCGCACCUGGGAAGAAGGUCUCACCGAACAAGCUGAAGAAGAAGGAAGGUGGCGGUUUCAGGAAGCUAUUUGGAAGGAAGAAAACGGAGACGCCUUCAGCGGUAGCUGCAACAGCACCUGCAGACGAUUCGUACUUCCAAGCAUCCGAUGCCCUCCGCAGUACCUCCCGACUUGAUGACCACCAAUCCAACGUACGUGAGCCAUCGCCGACCUACACUGAUGAUCAACCUGAGCCUGUGCAGGCACCGUCACCAAAGUAUGAGCCUAGUCCCGCUGCUUCAUCCGGUUUCGCCGAGCCUAGUCAAGCUGGCGGUCCUGUUGCUGGCGGUCCAGCAACGCAACAAGAGAUCGAUCAGGCCUUCUCACGAUUCGACCAAGGCCCUAUGGAAGACAUGCCUGCUUUCGCCCCUGCCGACGAUGAGAGCGAGGACGAUGCCGCUGCUGCCCCGACUGUGCCUCGUCGACAGCUGCAACAGACGAACCCUGGAACCCCAACCCAGCGUGCCCCAGAGUAUGCGGAUGAUAUCUCCGAGGAAUCUGUCGAGUUCACAAAGCAACAAUCGCCGUCUCAGGAUCGAUGGGCGCAAAUUAGGAAGAAUGCUGCCGAACGCGCAGCGAGGCUUAGUGAGGAACAGGUUCGACGGAGCCGAAGUCAGAGCCAGAGUCAGCGUACUGAUGAAGGCGAGACGAGUGGCGAGGAGACUAUUGAAAGCCGCGUGGCCCGCAUCAAGGCGCCGGAAGACAGUGGUAGAAUGUGCCUUGAUUCUUUUUAG